CCGUCAUCUUGUUCUUUUUCGAAGAAACGUGUAGCUCUGGUCAAUUUUUUGUAAUCGGGCUUUAUAUUUUGUUCUCUUUUUGAAAUUAUUGUAAAUUGUUUAAAAAAGAUCAAAUAUGUCGUCGGCUGCUUUAACAUGCAUCAAUUGCAAUAUUAAGUUUGCCAACACUGAUUUUCACCGUGAACAUUACAAAACUGAUUGGCAUCGCUAUAAUCUUAAACGUAGAAUAGCAGCAUUGCCCCCAGUCUCAGCUGACGAAUUCCAAAAUCGAGUUAUACAAAUGCGUAAUGCUGAUACGGCUGCACUAGAGCAAAAACAGACUAGUUUAUAUUGCAACGCUUGUAGAAAACAGUUUUCUAGCAAAUGCUCUCACGACAAUCACUUAAAUAGUAAAAAACACAAAGAAAACGUUACAAAAUUCAAUGAAAUCAAUGGAGAAUCUAAGGAACUAACCACCAAGAGUAUUCUACAACCCAAACAACAACAAAUGAUGGUUGAGGAAGAUGCAUCCAUUGAAGAGGUCGACUCCGAUGAAUGGGAAGAAAUUGGACCGAAUCCAAUUGCUGACAACAAUUGCAUAUUUUGUGACGAACACAGCGAAGAUUUGGUUGGAAACUUAAAACACAUGUCUAUAGCACACUCCUUCUUUAUUCCUGACGCUGAAUUUUGCACAGACUUAGAAGGUCUUCUCAUUUACUUGGGUGACAAAGUAUGCAAUCAUUUUAUUUGUUUGUGGUGCAAUGACCGAGGUAAAACGUUCUAUACCUUGGAUGCAGUACGGAAGCAUAUGAUCGAUAAAGGUCAUUGCCAAAUGUGGCACGAAGGCAUUGCCUUAGCUGAGUACACAGAGUUUUACGACUACAGUUCUAGUUAUCCAGAUAAUAAAGAAGAUAUGGAUAUCGAUGAAGAAUUCGUUCCCGAUUUGCUUGAAGGUGAUGAAUAUCAAUUAGUCCUCCCAUCUGGGGCUGUAAUUGGGCAUCGAUCAUUGUUGCGUUAUUAUAAACAAAGAUUAAAUCCCAAUCGAGCUGUUACGGUCCAUAAGUCCGAUCGUAAGUUGCAUAAAGUUCUCUCGCAAUACAGAUCAUUGGGAUGGACCGCGACUGAACAAAAAGCUGCAGCUCGUAAAGCUCGUGAUAUUCAUCUGAUGAAGCGGGUUCAAGCUAAAUGGCAAAUGAAAUUGGGUGUGAAAGCAAAUAAACUACAAUCGCAUUUCCGUCAACAAGUCUUGUUUUAAAUUAAAAAAAGAAAUGUGAAGUACGUUUCAAAAUAAAAUGUUUAUUCAAUUUUUUUAUUAUGAAAUAAAAAUGUACGAUUGUGCAUGUUCUUAUAUAU